AAUUUUAGGAAAAAUAUUUCUUUUUUAAUCUAAUCUUUUUUACGAUCAUAGCGAAUAUCGAACACAAGUUCUUCUCUAGUAAUAAUAACAGAAGUUUGGGAAAAUUGUGACGUUUUUCGUUAUUUUAUUUUCAGAAACAUAAAAAAUAAAUCAUAUUUUUUAAUUAUUUUACAUUAAUUUAAAAUAAAUUGAUAAUUAAAUUGUAAAAUAAUUUAUUAUGAUAAUUAGUAUUUUUUUCAAUCUUUUCUCUGCAAUAAAGUUGUUCGUAUUAUAGAGGUUAUAUUUACAUGUUUUAUAUAUAUAAAUUCAUAUUACAUAAAAAAUAUUAAAAUUUUCCUAAAAAUUAUUCUAAUCGAUAAUUAAAUCCAUAUUUAUAUUUUAUUAAAAAUGGAACAGGAUUUAAAAACAAAAAUUGAUCAGGCUUGCCGAACAGCUGAAGAAUUUACGAAGCUUUAUUAUGAAAGUUUAGAUAAACGUAGAUAUCUCAUAUCAAGAUUAUAUUUGGAUACUGCAACUUUAAUAUGGAAUGGAAAUGGUAUUGAAGGCAAAGAUAAUAUACAGAAAUUUUGGACAGAUUUGCCACCUUCAGAUCAUUCUGUUUUUACUUUAGAUGCUCAACCAAUAACGGGUCCUGAAGUGGCAGAUCAAUUGACGUUUCUUGUAAAAGUUGGAGGGCAAGUAAAAUAUGAUGAUAAAACAUCAAAAUCAUUUAACCAAAGCUUCUUAAUUGCAGCAAUGGGAGAUAAAUGGAAAAUUGUAAGCGAUUGUUUUCGAGUACAAGAAGCACUAGAAAAUGUAAAUUAAGAUAAUAUAAAAUUAUUUGUUUUCAAAAUG